AUCACCGAGUCUGAAUCAUUCAGUCUUGUCUCCGAUCAUUCAACGACGGGGAGCCUAGUCAAGGUGACAUUAUCUUGAUCAACAGCGCUGCGCAAAGUGUUUCUUACUUGGGUUUUGCUUUAAUGCUGUUCUCACUUCCGCACGUCCCUGCGGUGCUGCCGUCACAAUGUGGAACAAAAAUGACAUUCAUUUGAUGCGGGAAGAUUUGCUUUAACGAGGCCCAUGUUUCCCUGCUGACCUAUCAGGUCGUGUGCUGGCAGCUGCUCUGGCGCCUUCCCAAACAUGGAGCUUGGCGACACGCAAUCAUGUGACACGCCGAAGCUUGAGAGGCUCCAAACUCUUCUCUUUUCUGCUGAGAAGGAGGUAGACAAUGCGCGCCGCUCCCGGAUAAUCGCCACUCGCCUGCUUGGCUUUCUUGAGGCUCAAACAACGUCCUAUGAAGAUGAGGCGUAUCUUGACAGCCUCAGGGAGCAGGCAUGUUCGCAGCUUCAAAAGGCCAGGGAUAAGCACAUUUCCCUGGACGCAAGGUCAAUCCUGGAAAGUGCUGGCGUCCCUGAUACCUUCGGUUUUGGAGUCAAUGGAGCACUGGACCUGAGCAGCUUGAGGGAGUGUGAACCGUUUGGGACGAUACUAAGCAAUGCAGAAAUUCUGCAGAACAAGAGAAAUCGACAGUCGAAAGCAACAUCAAGCUCCGCAUUGAUCCAAAAGGUACCACCUCCGCAAUCAGUCCCUCAAAUCUUUCAAGCCCCAACAGUGCCUGACAGAACCACCUACCGUCAGUCCAAACUACCUUCUCUCUACACCCCAUCUGCAAACCGGCAGACAUCUUACUCUGCACAAAAGGCUGCUUCUGUGAAAGCAGAGAGCGAUGCCAGUCAGCCAAGGGUACAAAUUCUUUCGUCAUAUGCGGGGUUCUCCAAGCAGAAAACUCAGCCACUGUGGAGCAGAGGUGCAAACAAGGUUGGCGACAAUGAUGAUGAUGACGAGAUGGAGUUUGACAACGCUGCCAGGCGAAAACGAUCCGAGCUCCAGGAAGAUUUGAGUCCAGUUGAGGCGCAUCGCUCAAAGCAGAGCAAACGGCGGCUGUCAGAUGAAGACGACGAGAUAGAAGAAGUUGGCCCGACGGACUUCAUGUCAGCAAAACAGAAGCUCGUCAUCGAGAAUGCGAAGAAAGGUCUCCACAGCCGGAAUGUCAACCCGCCUCAGCAAGGCUUCAAGCCGCCUGCCAUGAAGAGGGGUGUCAGGGGCGCCUUCAUUCCUCCAAUCAAGUCUGGAGGUACAGCCCCGCGCAAGCCGGACAAAGGAGCAGAGCAAGGAGGGGAUGAAGAGAGCGAGGCUACCCGGAAGCUUCUGGAGAGCCUGGCGGGGCCUGACGGGGAGCUUCCAGACAGGAUCAAGAACAUUGAGCCGAGACUGCUUGAGCACAUCAGCAACGAGAUCAUUGACAAGGCGCCGAAUGUGACCUGGGGCGACAUUGCUGGAUUGGGCCACGCCAAGAAAAGCAUACAAGAGCUCGUCGUGUGGCCGUUGAAGCGACCCGAUCUGUUUGCUGGAGUGCGCUCCCCUGGCAAGGGCCUCCUUCUCUUCGGACCACCGGGUACGGGGAAGACGCUGCUCGGCAAAGCCAUUGCGGCCGAGGCCAACGCGACUUUCUUCUCAAUUUCGGCUAGCUCCCUCACGAGCAAGUGGAUUGGAGAAGGCGAAAAGCUCGUGCGCGCUCUGUUUGGGGUCGCGGGGUGUCGGCAGCCAGCCGUGAUCUUCAUCGACGAAGUCGAUUCGUUGCUUUCUCAGCGUAAAUCGGACGGCGAGCACGAGUCCAGCCGGCGGCUGAAGACGGAGUUCCUGGUCCAGAUGGAGGGCUGCUGCGGCGGCGACGAGCGCGUGCUGCUUAUAGGGGCUACGAAUAGGCCUCAGGAGCUGGACGAAGCUGCACGGCGGCGGCUCUCGAAGCGGCUGUACAUUCCUCUGCCGACUGCUGGUGCUCGAGCCGCUAUCGUCCAGAACCUGCUCCAGAAGGACGGCCUCAUGAACCUUUCGGACAGCGACAUGGACAGCAUCCGAGCAAAGACGAAAGGUUACUCGGGAUCCGACGUCAAGAACCUGGUCAAGGAGGCGUCCUUAGGCCCUUUGCGAGAGGCUGCGAUGAUGCAUGGGAACAUCGACACCGUGACGAGGGACCAGAUGCGGCCCAUCACCCUCAGCGACUUUGAAAACGCCCUCCAUCAAGUCCGAGCGUCUGUGUCGCCAGACGAGUUGCUUGCUUACCAGGAUUGGAACAAGCAGUUUGGCAGUUUGGCCGUAGGGGAGGAUGAAGCAGAGAUAGAUUAGGGCCCGGCAUUGAGUCGGUAGAAAGAUGCUGCAGAAUCGUUUCUGAGCAGAUUGCGUGUCCUUUGUAACCACCUUCAGUCUGCUCGUGAGGGUCUUUGUCCAUCAGCUCGACAGAGGUUGGUUUCAUCUGUCAAUGGUUGGGUGCUCCCGACGGUAGGUGAUUGAUUCACGCGCGGCCUCCACGAGCGUAAUUGAGGAG